CUGAGAAUUGUUUUGGUUUGGUUUUUUAUGGAAAGAUAAGGAUUGCGAUAAGGCCAAAGCUUUUCUGUUAAAAUCGCUGGUCUUAAACUGCUCAAACCGGGUUAUUUUUAGUUACCACCAUGAAGAACACCGGCAAACUAAAGGGCAAAACUCUGUUCAUAACGGGAGCAUCCCGUGGUAUUGGCAAGGCCAUAGCUUUGAAGGCAGCUCGCGAUGGAGCCAAUGUUGUUAUAGCAGCCAAAACGGCAGAGCCACAUCCAAAAUUGCCAGGAACCAUUUAUACGGCUGCCGAAGAAAUCGAACGUGCUGGGGGCAAAGCGUUGGCAUGCAUUGUAGAUGUGCGCGAUGAGAAGCAAGUGCAACAGGCUGUGGAUGCAGCAGUGGCCAAGUUCGGAGGCAUUGACAUUGUGGUAAAUAAUGCCAGUGCCAUUUCCAUUACUCCCACACUCGAUACGGAAAUGAAACGAUACGAUUUGAUGCAAAAUAUCAAUACAAGGGGAACAUUCUUGGUAUCAAAGUUGUGUUUGCCGUAUCUGCUCAAGAGCGAUAAUCCUCACAUUUUGAACCUUUCGCCACCAUUGAAUAUGAAGCCUCAUUGGUUUGCCAAUCACACGGCAUAUACCAUAGCUAAAUAUGGCAUGUCGAUGUGUGUUUUGGGCAUGGCAGCGGAAUUCCGGGAUCAAGGUGUGGCAGUCAAUGGUCUUUGGCCACGAACCACCAUUCAUACUGCUGCCGUGGAUAUGUUGCAUGGAUCAGAGGGAGCUCUGUACUCUCGUAAACCCGAAAUUAUGGCAGAUGCUGCCUAUGCAAUUUUCUGUCGUGAUUCAAGAGAUUAUACAGGACAUUUCUUUGUUGACGAGGAUGUAUUACUUGAUGUGGGUGUAAAGGAUUUCGCAAAAUACGCUUGUCGUCCAGAAAAUAUAGAUAAACUGGUAAUUGAUAUAUUUUUGGAUGAUGAAAGAACUGUGGCUAAGUUGUAAGAUUGAUAUUUUUCCCCCAAAUCUUUGGCACAAAUGUAAAAAUUGUUAU